AUGCCGAUAAUCAGAGAAAUGAUGAUCGGAGCCAGUACAGCUAGUGCACAUUCCUUAUAUGAUACCAAGGACAAGCCUGCUGAUAACAAUGCAGUGUGCGCAGUAUGCGGUGAUGGCCAUGCUAAGCUGCACUAUCGUAUCUUGGCUUGUUACGGAUGCAAAGGAUUCUUUCGACGAACGAUCACUGGAAAAUAUCAAUAUGUAUGCAGAUUCGGCAAUAAGUGCAUCGUUGAUAAAUAUCAAAGAAAUAGUUGUCGAUAUUGUCGUUUUCAGCGGUGCUUGGAAGUUGGAAUGGAUCCUAAAGCAGUGAAACCAGAUCGUGAUUUAACUGGUAGACAACGAGUUCCACGUUUGCGGAAAAGACAGAUUGAUGAAGAAUUCUUAAACCACAUGCGUAACUCCGGCAGCAAUUUUUUUCAAUUGCGAUUACAAGAUGAUAAUUGGUUACGAAAACUACCGGUGGAAUCACGUGUGUUGCUAAUACAGUUGAUGAAUAUUGAGUCGAAAAUUGUUAAAGGAGAUGAAACAUCAUUCACAAGGAAUGGCAACAGGGACUUAUCCAAGACGGUCUCUAUUCUGGAACUUUUUGAACAGAGGCCAAUUUUGGAUGGCCGAUCAACUAAGAUUCGAUACGAACCAUAUCGGAUGGCCCAACUUACUGAAUUACCUCAGAUUGCUCAUCGCAUGGCGAUGGCUGCCGUCGAUUGGGUCGAUUCAUUGGCCGAACUAGCUCAUAUUACUGAUAUUGAAGACAGGGUUGCUCUCGUAAAAUCAUGCUAUUCAUCUCUAACUAUAUUCAAUUUUUCAACGAGAACCGCUCAAAACGCUAAUAAUCCCGAUAUACUAUGUCUAUGCAGUUUUUCAUAUGUGCCCAGGAAACUUCCGCUCAAAUUCACCCGAACAAAUCAACUAUCUGACGAUCUAGUCAAUAGAACGUUAAACGAAUUGGUAGUCCCGCUGAGGAAGCUAAAAUUGAAGGAAGAAGAAGCUGUACUACUCAAAGCAGUCAUAAUUUUAAAUCCAAAUGCGAAAGGUUUGUCAGUAUCCGCUCAACAAGUUGUAUCGGAUCUACGGGAUCGUGUCCAAGAAGUACUAUUCGAAGUUAUUAAAGAAUUAUAUCCUACCUACACUGCCACUGCACGAUUUGGCAACCUCCUUUUGUUACUACCUACAAUUAUGACGUUAUCUGGGACAAUGAAUGAGAAUUUGCAAUUUGUGCAAGCUCUAGCUAGAGAUCAGAAAGAGGAUAAUUUAUUACACGAAAUGUUUGCUGAGAUGUAUGGCAAGCUAGAUGACCCAAUAACUUCGACAUCCUCACCACCAAUACUUGAAAAUCCGGCAGAAAUAUCAUUAAAAUAUGACAGCUCAUCAAAUCCAUCAAUAAUAAUAAACUCCAGUAUAGUCAAUGAAGGGAAAUUCAGAAUGGAUUCGAGUACACAAACCUAUCCGGAUGACAGUCUUAAAGGAUCAUUAUCGAGCAGCAGCUUAUGCAAAUCACUUACUCCUCCUAGUCAUAUCAACUUCAGUCCACUUCAUUCUCUCCUGGAUGAUGACCGAACGAAUUAUUCACUUGGUCCGGAUUACAGUGAGAUUCAUAAUGACUGCGGUGAUUUAUUCUUCCUAAUGGACGACAUUAAAUGA